ACGUGGGAAAGUAAAGAUUAGGCCUACAAUCGACUGUAAAGUUACAGUUGCUAUCGCUUUUAGAAAAGAGUGUUUCUGAUCGAUAAUAAUCAGUAGUUUUGAGUCAUUUAUCGUGCAGUUGUUGUGUGUUUGUAGGUGUCAGGUGGUGUUUGGCGUAAUCCGUUUAUCCCUGUUUAACACGCGAGCUGCUCUGAUUCCCUUUGAAAGUCAGACUGACUACAGCACAUAUUUCACACAUCACCUGUUUCACAAGAACAAUAUGGCAAUAGUGUGUUAUUGGUCCGAGUUGCAUUGCCAUUAAAGAUAUUAUGGUCAGCUUUCUAAAAUGUUGCAGACAAGACAUUUGACUACACAGUAUUUGUCUAUAACAGGAUUGUAGCUCAACUUAAUUUGUUCUUCCUUAUUGCUCAACCAGACAAUGUACAUUGUUCGAGAUAUUUGCAAUUCUUUUCACAGGAAAAACUGAUCUUAUGUGCCUGAAGGUUGGUUAUUGAUUGAUUGAUUCCCUGUCUUCCCAUUGUAAACAGAAUGGAGACCUCAUCUAAAGAAGAGUACACGAUCCAGUCGUUUGAUUUGGAGACACAGAAACUCCUCAAAACUGCCUUGAAAGAUCCAGGUUCAGUUGACCUGGAGAAAGUGUCCAAUGUAAUAGUGGACCAGUCUCUGAAGGACCAGAUCUUCAGUAGGGAGGCUGGACGCAUCUGUUACACGAUUGUCCAGGCCGAGGCCAAACAGACCAACGGGAACGUGUUUCGGCGUAACCUUCUGAACCGACUGCAGCAGGAAUUUAAAGCCAGAGAAGAGACACGGAAGAGAUCCACUCAGGAGUGGGUUUGCCUCGUGUCCUUCAUCUGCAACAUCUUUGACUACCUCAAGGUGAACAACAUACCCAUGAUGGCCCUUGUGCACCCCGUCUAUGACUGUUUGUUCAGACUGGCCCAGUCUGAUGCCCUGCAGAAUGAGGAGGAGGUGGACUGUCUGGUGUUACAGUUGCACCGUAUCGGAGAUCAGCUGGAGAAGAUGAAUAUGCAGCUCAUGGAUGAGCUGUUCAAUCUGCUGAGGGAUGGAUUUCUCCUGCAGGACCUGAGCUCCAUGGGCCGCCUGCUCCUGCUCGAGAUCCUUGAGUUUCGUGCGGGAGGCUGGACUCUCAGCGAAACGGCUCAGAAAUACUACUACAGCGAAGUGACGGACUGAGGCCUCCACCAAUCAGGAGAGAGAAACAAGGCGGGAUGAAAUUGCAAUCCAUAGGAACCAAGUGUGGAGGUUUUAUUUUUAUAUUUACCUUUGAUGAAGGCUUGGAGAUUCACUAGGUAUGAGGUUUGACAUGAAGUAGAAGAUUGGGCAAAGUUAGAUGCAGUACUGGGUUUUGGUUUUGUUUUGACUUUUUAAAGUCAACUUGAAUUGAUGUGAAGUUCAUCUUAUUAGCUUUCAUAAUACACAUUCCUGGUUUUAUAGUUUUAUUCAUUCACAUUAUUCAAAAGAAAAAAAAAAAAACACAAUUCAUAAUUUUUUUGAUCAAAGAUUUAUAACUUUAUCAUCCCUGUAAUGCCACCCAAGGCCGCUUGGGGUUUAAUCAAUGGGUGCUGGUAGCGUUUCCCCAAUUGCAAAGUCUUGCCGUCUUUUUCCCAUCAAGAUUUAGAAAACAGAAAUCUGCAAAUAGUAGUCCAUGUUGUAAUGUUGCAGGAAUAUGUUAAUGUCCCAGGACACACUAUUAAUACGUGUGAUAAUGCAGUUCAUUCAUGGUACUGCCUACUUACAAAUCCAGUUAGUAGAAAAAAUAAGUUAUAGCUAAAGGGCUUGUUAAUGCUGCUUUUUUUUGGCCAUAAUCACAGUAAAUUUAGCCAUUGGUCACAGAUCUUUAGACAUUUUAGUUUGAAAGUGAAUGGAGUUCAAGUGGAUCAUUGAAGUCUUGCAAUAGCAGCAUUAAAAUCAUGAUUCAUUUGAUUUAGGUCUUAUAUUUGUGUCAAGGGCUGUAAUCAUAACACUAGAGAUGAUUAGAGGGUUUUAAUAUCAAUAUAUUUAAUAAAUUUUUAGUUGUUUGAUUUUCUUAAAUCGACUAACAAAUUAUAUUUUCCUCGGUAGGAAGAACAGCCAUUUCUAUUGUAUAAAAAGGAUUACUUUAUAUAUUUGUUCUAUAAUAUGUCUUUAUAAGAUUUAAAUCUGUGACAAAAUCUAUGUUUUUAAUGAACCAAAAACAGUUUAUAAGAGUCACAUUUAAAUACAAUGUUUCCUUAAGGAUAAUAUUUUUAUACUAUGAAAAGUAGACUGGAUGUAUAUCCAACAAAACUUCUACAGGUGCUGGAUGAAGACAAAGCGUCGCAAAUGUGCAUAAAUUUGCACAGCUAUGACAAUAUUUUCUUAUUUUGUAUCAUUUCAAUCUGAUGAAGAUCCACUGGACUGAAAUGUUAACAUGAGACUUAACAUGAGGUGAUAUGCCAAAAUGUUGUAUUUGAAAGUAAAAAAUUAAGCUCCUGUGCAGCUGUUUUGGCCUCACUGAUUCCUCAGGCUCUUGCAGAUUAGACAAUGACUUGUAUAGUUGUCUUGAUGCCACAAGUUUCAAAUAAAGAAAUAAUUAAAUGUUUUUGUGCACAAAGUUACAAUUGAAAUCUGAAAAAUGUGUCGUAAGAUGUGUCUUAAAUUUGUUUUGUAACACUCAAAAGUGGAAAUGUGA